UCCAGCGAGGAACAGGCUGUGUGAGGUCAGCACGCAGAGAUCGGGGUCACAAUGCAGUCCUCCCCUUCGACGCUGGGGCCCGGGCGCGCAGCAGACACCUACCAGGCUCCGCCUGGACCGGAGCGUCCUCCCGCGGCCAGGGCUCGGGCAGUUGCUUCCAGCCUGGGACCGGCCUCGGCCUCCGGCAGAGUGCCCCGGGGCCUGGACAUGAGUGCCCAGGAGACCCCACAGGGUCGAAGAUUCCCCAUUGAGGCCGGAGACUCCCCUGGCCUUGCCUCCGCCCCCGAGUCCCAGGAUAGCCCGGAACCUGUAGCUACGGAUCAAAACCCUGUCAGGCCGCUCCGACGCUGCCCGGGCUGCCACUGUCUGACGCUGCUGCACGUGCCCAUCGACGUCUACCUGGCCAUGGGCGGGAGCCCCCGGGCCCGUGCUACCUGAGUGCGCCUGCGCACGGCAGCUCUGCAGGAGCCGGGACGGACGAGGCCAGCCGCGGGCCACCACGCUGAGGUCGCACGCGCCGAGCACGAGACAAUGAUGCACAUUUUAAAAUAAAAGAAUGAUGCACAUUUUAAUAAAGCACAGCAUAAACUGUUCUUUCCA